AGGAGUUGCGCGUGCGCUUUAGUGGGAGAGAAGCUUAAAAUGGCGCUGGGCAGGCAAGUGUAUAACUUGCUUUUCCGCCGCACUUCCACCUUUGCGCUCACGAUCGUAGUGGGCGUUGUGUUCUUCGAGCGGGUUUUCGACCAGGGUGCAGAUGCUCUUUAUGAACACAUGAACAAAGGGAAGCUGUGGAAGCACAUCAAGCAUAAGUAUGAGACUGGUGAAGAAUAAAGGAUGGAGAUGCUGGACUCCUGUGGGACCUUCUGUGAUCACUUCAGUACAAACCCAUCUUCCUGAUCGCUGACUGUUUAGAAGGCGCGCGUCCAUCCAUGUGUGUCUGUCUGAGACAGAGGGCAUCUCUCUUGAGUGACAAAACUACCUGGACUUGGGCUUGUUGUGCUGAAAUGUAGCCUAAUAAAAUACAUUCUCAGAUGUGUACAUCUUG